AUGAUAACUAAGACAGAAAAUUGUUUUGUUUUGCAAGGACAGUAUACAAGAAAAGAUGGGAAAGAAGUUAUUAUCAAUGCAACUAAAAAUUGGCUUGUUCUUAUUGAAGCUGAAAGUGGUACUAAAUUUGUUUAUACAAUGCCAGCAAAUGAUAAUAAAGUCGAAAAUUAUAUUGUUAAAAUAAGAUUCUGGUUUUUUUUAUUUUUAAUUGUUUCAACAAACAUUUUUUUUAUUCUUGGUUUAUAUUGUCUUUCUGAAAAAAAUAUGGAUUAUAUUAUUAAUGGAACUUAUGAUGAUGAAACAUUUAAUUAUUAUCAAUUUAAAAUACCAAAACCAGAUGAAUUAUUUAUGAUAUUUUAUAAUAUUUCAAUAUUUCUUUCAAAUCUUAAUUUAAUGUCCCUAUUCUUUCUUGUUCUUGUAUACCAAAUUCAAAAUAUAUCUAUUAAACAAAAAUAUUUCAAGACGUUAUGUGAUUGGAUUAUUAAAUGUAAUAUAAUGUUUCUUUCAAUUAACCCAUAUAUCAUAGCAUUAAUUGCUUACAUUAUUUGCCUUUCAAUGAUUGUUUAUAUGUUUUUUUUUGGUAUUACAACAUGGGUUUUACUUGGUCUUGCAAUGUUAUAUAUUACAAUAACAGCUAUUGGAUUUAAAAUUAAAAUCAAUUUAAUGAAAAAUCCAUUGAUUUGA